AUGUGUAUUCUUACUCAUUUGCGAUCAUCGGAAAAUAAUAUGUGUGAGAGAAGAGCUAAAUAUUUGAUGAAACCCUCUCAACAUAUUGAUAGAAUGAUGCAUACCAUAUCGAAUGAAGAAGUUGAGAAACAUCGUCUAUUUUUAAAGACUUCAAUUCGAAGUGCACGUUGGUUAGCAUUUCAAAGUUGUUCCUUCAAAGGUCAUAAUGAAUCUUCCUCUUCAUUAAAUCACAGGAAUUUUAUUGAGAUGAUAAAAUUUUUGGCAGAAAAGAAUACAGAAAUUGAUAACCUUGUGUUGAAAAAUGCUCCAAAAAAUGCUCAAUACAUUGCUCCGAGUAUUCAAAAAGAAAUCUUACACAUAAUGGUGAAUAGAGUAAGAAAGAUGAUUUGUGAAGAAAUUAUGGAUACAUUUGUAUUCUUGUUAAUAAAGCACAAGAUGCAUCUUAAGAGAGAACAAAUGACUAUUAUUUUGAGGUUUGUGAAUGAUCAGGGUAUUUUGACAGACUGCUACUUUGAUAUCAAAAGCGUCGGCGAUACCACAUCAUCAAGUCUAAAAAAUGAGAUUGUAAAUGUUCUUGCUCAACAUGAACUUGAAGUGGCAAAAAUGAGAGGCCAAGGAUAUGAUGAUGCUAAUAAUAUGCGGGGUGCUUGGAAUGGACUUCAGGCAUUAUUUCUUAAAGAUUAUUUGUUUGCGUAUUACGUCCACUGUUUUGCUCGUCGAUUACAAUUGGUAUUGGUUUAUGCAGCUAAAGAAGUUGAUGUUAUUUGGGAGUUCUUUUCUCAUCUGGACAAUAUUAUCAACAUUAUCACUUCUUUCCCUAAGCGCAUUAUGGAGUUACAAUUUGUUCAAAGAAAUGAAAUUGAGCAUAUGUUAGCUACUGGAGAGCGUGAAUUGGGAAGUGGAGUAAAUCAAGUGGGUAAUUUACAACAAUCAGGAGCUACUUGCUGGAGUUCUCAUUAUGAUUCUAGAAAGAGCUUAAUAGAUAUGUAUAAUGCAACUUGCAAAGUGUUUGAAAGUCUUAGUGUUCAUUGUCCAACUGGAAGAUCUCGAGGCAAAGUUCGUGGUACUUCCAAACAUAUGAAAAGUUUUGAUUUCGUGUUCAGUUUCAUUUAA